AUGUCCUCAACCGCAGCCAUGGAUUGCGACUUGAGCCAUGAAACCUUUCCUGCCUCGCGCAAGCGACCCGUCUCUGAGUGCUCGGAGCUGCAGGUGGACCACUCGCUGCCCUUGCCGAGCCUGUCGACUGCUACCGUGGAGGAUGUGUACAAACUGCUCCUGCUUGCAGAGGAGCAACAUUUGAUGAGGCUGCGGCACUACUGCGAGGUGCGACGCAAGGUGGUUGAUCCCAAGCUUGUUUCGCCAGAAAUGAGAAAGUCAUCUCACCAGUACUUCGGGACACUAUCGGGGCACAGUCGCCCUAACAAAGAGACAUGCGACAGACAUCCCUUAAUUACGCUCAUGCCUAAAUCCUUUCGACUUUGA